AUGUUGAUUACUCUAGAAUGCGUUAUACUUGCGUUGCAGGCGGUUGCUGCAGUUCGACUUGCAUUACAUUCACCUUUUGAAAGUGCCAGUCAAUCAAACAAUAGGCUAUCAAAACGAUCACCCGUUCAAUUGGAUGGUGAUUUUACAAAAUGUUACACAAUGAGAUUUAAUGUUCAUGGAGUCAAUUUGAAUUUACAAGUCGAUUCAACAAUUUCUAAUAUAGUCGUACCACUUCCUAGUUCAAGCAGCGAUGUGAGUUUGACUCCGCAACACACUUCAAAUGGACAACCCGUUACUAUAUAUUACAAAGGCGAAGAGUAUAAUGGAGUUACAUCCACAGCUACUGUGACGAUUCCGGGUACUAGUAUAACUGGCGCGAAUUUACCAGUGCUAGCAGUUGAAAAACAAUCGGAGGAUCUAGUUGGUAUUCAUCCAGAGUUUGAUGGAGUAUUUGGGUUUGCCUAUUCCUCAUUUUCAAAGCGUCGUUCACCAGCCACUGCGAUGGAUGCUUUGUACAAAGAUGGUAACAUUCCUAAAAAUGAGGUUGGUCUUCAACUAUGUCCGUAUGGCAUGCUUUCAGAUAGCUUCAUCAAUAUAGGAAACACAAAAGUAACUGCAAAAUGCGGAACGGAUGGAAGGAGUAUUGCAUGGGUACGAUCACCAUCAAAUGAUCAAUUUAGUAUCAACAUCAAGAGUAUACUAGUCAAUGAGAAACCAGUGGAGCUGCCGGCUGAAUUUCAAAAAAGGGUGAAAGAUGGACGUACUUUGUAUUCGGUUAUACAAACAUGCCUUACAUAUAUGUAUUUCCCUAGAGUAGUCGUGGAUACGUUGGUUGAUGCUAUUGUUGAUAGUGGUGCGAUCACUGUCAAAAAAAUUAUGCUUAGUAACAAACUCAACUCGAGAGAAAUUGAAAAAAUAUUUUUGAAAAACUACGCAAUGCUUGAAUCCGGUUUUAGUAUCGAUUGGAAUAUGAUGCCGACGCUUACAAUUACAAUGUUUGCUGAAAAACCCGUAACUGUUGAAAAUAGCAACUCCGUUGUAACAAUCGAACUGGGUCCCAAAGACUAUAUGCAAAGAUAUGAUUCUAAAAAUUUGGUGUUUGCUGUAAAAGCUGGUUCAAAUGAUUAUGCAGUUCUUGGUAUACCAUUUAUGAACCGACUUGGAUUGACAUUUGAUUUACAAAAUGCACGCAUUGGGUUUGGUCCUGGAUGUGGAUGCGAAACUGUGACUGAUGGAUAUCCUACUAUUUCAAACAAUGAUCAGGUGCUCUGGCCAUUAACACAAUUGCCUAAACAACCAAGUACUUCAGGUUCAGAUGGCACAUUUAUUCGCAGAAGGAAACCAACAACUACAACUAAUCAAGUAGCUGUACCUGAAAACACCCACCACACUGUCAAGAGUCACAAACAGACUCUCAAUAAACUCGACUGA